UCCGCCCGGCGUUAUUUUGUUGUGGGACACACGCUCGCACGGCUGUGCAGCCGCGAGCUAUGAGCGUCUUAGCGAGUAUUUUCGGUUUGUUAUGACACAGAGAAAAGCCACUAUGGCGCAUUCCAAAGAGCUGAAGCUGGAUUUUACUCUGAAAGAGCUGACUCUUUCCUGUGCGGCUGAAGGUGUGGAUGUACCCGGGAGCUCGUCCACCGUGGAGCUGCGGGACAACAGGCUGGUGUGUGUGGAGUAUCCGGGGGUGAUUAGCAGUGUGCCCAGGAUGCUGGAGACUCGGGGUGAACAAGCUGUAUCCAAAACCUUUGCUCACCCUAACCGGCGGCUUGAGCUUCGUUACCGACCUCAGGACCCUUUCUGUCACUCUCUGUGUGGAAACCGCUUCUCGUCCAGCAACCUCCUCCUCCGAGUGCGGCGGCGAGUGCGAAAAAAAGACCCCAAGGAUGCUGAGAUCCACAUGGACGUGCUUGGAGUCAUUGGAACAACAUAUAAAUUCCAAGGACUGGCAGACUUUCAGUGCCUCGCUGUGCAUUCAGAGGGUGGAAAGGACAUGUCUUUAUACGACAAAAUCAUCCUCCGUAAAUCAGAGAAUCAAGCGUUCUUCGAGCAGCCCAUGCCUUACUUUCUUCCCCCGGCCAUCUUCUCACGUCUCGACAGUCCUGUGGAUUAUUUCUACCGGCCUGACGUCUCUCAACAUCAGUUGCACCUCAACAAAAAGAACUUCAUUGGUUUGAAUCGUGCUCGUCGGCCCCAUAACGCCAUUUUUGUCAGCUUCACGGAUCCCACUGUGCCGGCUGAGUGCCUCGAGGCGGCCAAGCUCAACUGGGCACGAGUCUGCCUGAAGGAGGCGGACAAAGAGGCUGAGGAAAAAUUGAAAAAGAUGUUUGAGAGCCGGCCCAUCUGGUCACGGAACGCAGUCAAGGCCAACAUCAACAUCCACCCUGAUAAACUUAAGCUGCUGCUGCCUGUCUUUGCCUACUACAUGGUGACAGGACCGUGGAGAAGUCUGUGGGUGAAGCUGGGCUAUGACCCCCGAAAGACCACAGAGUCCAAGAAAUACCAGAUGCUGGACUUCAGGAUCCGCUGCAGCACCAAGGAUGGCUAUUCGCUCUCUGACAUGCCAGUAAAAGCCAAGAGGAGCGCCCUUAACUAUACUCUGCCUAUCACAUUCAACAAAGCAGGUCCCCAGGCAGCCAGUGUGAUGGAACUUCCAGCUCAGGAUGGUCCAAGUGCCAGUCGAGAUACAUUCCCAAUCACACACCAGCUGAAGGAGUCAUCCUACAUUUUCAGAGAGGGCAUGCUGCCUCCUCACAGGCAGAUGUUUUACCAGCUCUGUGAUUUGGAUGUGGAAAGUAUCAAGCAGGUGAUCGAGAAGAAUAGCGGUAAUGAACAGGUGUGUAACGAGCGGGAUGGCUGGUGCAUCGUCGGCACCACAGACAAGCUGAGGGACAUGAUCUCAGCCAUGAUCAAGAAGGUCAUCCGAGCACAGAAACCAGGAUUGCCAGAAAUGCCCAGGAGAAGCAGACGCAAAGGCCAGAGUUCAAAAUCCUCAAUGAGAGACGUGGAGGCCGAGGAAGAGGAGGAAGAGGACGGUGAGAACGAGGAAGACGACGAUGACGACUUUCAGCCUUCUGAGGGAAGUGAAAAUGAGAUGGAGACAGAAAUUCUGGAUUACAUGUAACAUUUUGAUGACAUUUGUUUUGUUACUGUCAUUAUUUGUUUCUGAUAUGACUGUAAAUAAAAACAAUUAUUUCUAGUG